GUGUGCACACAUGCAAUUCUCCAAUAGAAUUUCAUGCAAAAUUAAAGGUACACGAUGUCUACUGCUAUUAAAUUAUAUCUGAGAAGGCAGAAGGAACCUACUUUUAAUUAAAUUCAUUGAUUAUCAAACUUGGAAGGCUCCCAGCAUACUAGAACAAGAAACAUCACUAUAUAUAAAUACCUGCUGCAUAUCUCCCUUCCAUCUCAUCCUUAACAAGCACUUCAUCAUUUCAGUUUUUUCACCUUCUCAGCAUAAAAUGGCAAUCAAAGUCCACGGCAGCGCGUUCUCGAUUGCAGUAAUGAGAGUGUUUGCUUGCCUCAAUGAGAAAGGGCUGGAGUAUGAGUUUGUUCGGGUUGACAUGAGGGCGGGUGAGCACACAAAGGAGCCUUUCCUUUCCCUCAACCCGUUUGGUCAAGUCCCAGCCUUUGAAGAUGGGGACCUGAAACUCUUUGAAUCGAGGGCAGUCAAUCAAUACAUUGCACAUGCUUAUGCGGACAAGGGAAACCCAUUGAUAUGCCAGGAUCCAAGAAAGAUGGCCAUUGUAUCUUUGUGGAUGGAGGUGGAAGCCCAGAAGUAUGAUGCUCCAGCUGCAAAGUUAACCAGGGAACUCAUCAUUAAGCCAUUACUGGGGAUGUCAACAGAUGAUGCGAUUGUUGAAGAGCAAGAAGUUCAGCUGGCUAAGGUUCUCGAUGUGUACGAAGCUCGAUUGGCACAGUCCAAGUAUUUGGGUGGUGACAGCUUCAGUCUCGCAGAUCUCCAUCACCUCCCCACAAUGAACUAUUUGAUUGGAACACGCGUUAAAGCAGUUUUUGACGCACAUCCUCAUGUGAGUUCUUGGUGUGCGGAUAUCUUGGCAAGGCCAGCUUGGCAAAAGGUUGUUGCCAUGAAAAACAACCAGCGACUUUAAAGAGUCUUCACGGAUAGCACAAUAGCAGCUUGUUUCACUGCUCAGUGUUUUUCCUGUAAUUUCCUGUUUCACAUCUUAAAUCAGAAAGGCAUAUAAAGGGUCUGUCAACCAGUCAUAGAACUAAUUGUCAGCUUGCUGUCUUUCUAAAAUAAAGUUCUACCUUUGUUGUUGCAUUUCUAUGGAAAAUAAGAAAUACACCCAACGUUGAGAUUCA